CAUGUUUUCUUUUCUUGUUCUUUCUUUUUAUUAACCACAAUCACUCGUGUAGCUAUGAUAUGAAACUCUUAUUCUGUAAAUUUGAAAUAUUUCCCUUUGAAAACUUGAUCUUGAUUGUAUGCUUUGUUGUUUCAUUCUCAGCAUGCGUUUUGAUUCAUAGAAAAGUGGUCCCCUUUUGUUUCUCUCCUUUUUUUCUAAGGCGACCUUUUUAUGUGCUUUUGUUUUUUUCCUCUAUUUUCUUUUAUAUAUCUGUUAAUGCAAAUCGAGCACUAGUUUGGUUUUAUCUUCUUCUGUGUUUCUGAAUUCUGAUUUCUGGGAUUGAUCACCUACUAGGGUAUUGCCUCUCUCUGUCUCUGUCUCUGUUUCUCUCUCUUACAAGUGCCCUUGUGCUAUUGUUAAAUGAUUUAAGUGAUGCAUCAACAUGACAUGAUUCUACAAUUAUUGGAUUCUGAAAUGCUGGAGAAUCUCUGGUUUGAUAAUUAUUUUUGUUUUUUAAGAUUUGAUUACUUUAUCACAAAUGCAGUCUCCGAAAUUUAUAUUUUGUUAAAGUGAUGUUGUGGUAAAUUGCCUAUUCCGGUUGAAUUCUGGUUUUGAGACUAGUUUUAACUGAAAGGCUUGGUUGCUGUAAGAUCUCAUGGCUUCUUUACAGUUGGAAACAUGGUUCUCUUCGAUCUCUUUCUGGUGCAUUUCUGCAUUAACUACUUCUUAAGAAAUGGUAUGGGUUUGUUUUGCAAUUGAUCGUGCACCAUUCUAAAGUGGGGCAAAGAUAAAAUCAUGAGGGUGUUUUGAAAAAAAAAAUAAUAAUUGAGGAGUCAGUGGCUAAGUUGCAUUGCAUAUAAGACUUCAGAUUUAGUGUUUUUGAUUCCAUAGGGACUAAUGGGAUUUUCUAACGUCUCAUCAAAGAAUAAGACGGUUUUUAACCAUUGGGUAAAAAGUUAACUGUGGUUAGAGUUUGCUUAGGAACUGAUUGUGAUGUGCUUUUCAGGUGGAUACUUCAUAUCUUGGAAGAAAUUGUAAUAAAGUUGAACCAUCAUAGAGGAUGAAUGGGCAGAAAAUUAAGCGCCGAGUGGGUAAAUAUGAGGUUGGGAGGACCAUUGGGGAGGGAACAUUUGCAAAGGUGAAAUUUGCUAGGAACUCUGAGACUGGGGAGCCUGUGGCUCUUAAGAUUAUUGACAAGGAGAAGGUUCUAAAGUAUAUGCAAGCUGAGCAGAUCCAGCGAGAAAUAGCCACAAUGAAGUUGAUCAAGCAUCCAAAUGUUGUUCAACUAUAUGAGGAACAGAUAAACUUUGACUCAAAUGUUGCUGAUGGAAAGAGUGAUCAACUCUGUUAUGAACUCAAUUUACUGGCCUAUGUCAUGGGGAGCAAGACAAAAAUAUACAUUAUUUUAGAGUUUGUGACUGGGGGAGAACUUUUUCAUAAAAUUUUAAACAGUGGACGGAUGAGUGAAAAGGAAGCACGCAGAUAUUUCCAGCAGCUUAUAAAUGCGGUUGACUAUUGCCAUAGCAGGGGUGUCUACCACAGAGACCUGAAACUAGAGAACUUACUAUUAGAUGCUUUUGGGAACCUUAAAAUUUCUGAUUUUGGAUUGAGUGCACUUUCCCAACAAGUCAGGGAUGAUGGACUGCUCCAUACAACAUGUGGAACUCCAAACUAUGUUGCUCCUGAGGUCCUUAAAGAUGGAGGCUAUGAUGGGGCAGCUGCAGAUUUGUGGUCAUGUGGUGUGAUUCUCUUUGUAUUGCUUGCAGGCUACUUGCCUUUUGAUGACACCAAUCUUUUGAACCUGUAUAAAAAAAUUUCAGCUGGUGAAUUUACUUGCCCCCCCUGGCUUUCAUUUAGUGCCAGGAAAUUGAUAACUAGAAUCUUGAAUCCCAACCCCGUGACUCGUAUCACUAUAUCGGAGAUUAUGCAUGAUGAAUGGUUUAAAAAAGAAUACAAACUUCCAGUUUUCGAGGAGACAAAGGAGAGAAACACUGAUGACAUUGGGGCCAUAUGUAAAGACUGUGAAGUACACAAUGUGAGAGAGAAGGAAGAUCAGCCAACACCCAUGAAUGCAUUUGAAUUGAUAUCCUUGUCCGAAGGGCUGAACCUAGAAAACUUGUUUGACGUAGACCAGGGAUUUAAAAGAGAAAUAAGGUUCACAUCAAAAUGCUCUGCUAAUGAGAUAAUCAACAAGAUUGAAGAAGCUGCAAAACCUCUUGGUUUUGAUGUGCAGAAGAAAAAUUUCAAGAUGAAGCUUAAAAAUGUGAAAGCUGGAAGGAAGGGAAACCUGAAUGUUGCCACAGAGAUAUUUCAAGUGGCACCUUCUCUUCACGUGGUUAAGAUUAAUAAGGCAAAAGGUGAUACAUUGGAGUUCCUUAAGUUCUACAACAAGCUUUCAACACGCUUGGAGGAUGUUGUUUGGAAAACUGAAGAUGACAUGGACGAUGCAAAGUGAAAUUGAUGUAACCAACAAUGUUGUUUCUUGGUGUAUAGAAAUGUCCUAAUAUGUUCCAUCGUCAUCAGAUCGUUGUCCACAUUAACUUUGGUAGGUUUGGUUGGGCAUAUAGCAAUGUUUUCCUUGUUGGAAAAUCGAGUUUGUCAAUACUCUUCUAAUGUUGAACUAAGUUCAUGAAACAAGAAAUAUGGAAGACAUUGUAUAUCUCCAUUUUGUUAGUAACGAUCUAUUUCCCAUUUAUUGCCAUUAUAAUUUGAUAACGUCGUUGUGCAUAUAACAACAACUGAGAACAUACUCUUGAGAGAAAGAUGCCAACAAAACAACAUCAAAGUAAAAAUGAUAUUAAGAAAAACAAUAUUAUAUCAAGAAAAAAAAAUGAAAAAGAACAUCAACAUAAGUUAUUGAUAGAAAAAACUGAGUCAGUGCAGUUAGUUGUCAGUUGCAUAAAGACUAUUAAUAAGGGAAGUAGUUAGU